CGCUGUCUCGCCGCGACUGCCGUUUGCCCUCAACUCUGCUCCGGCGUUGUGGUCGACGACGUAGGUUGCACAUGCCGUGCCUUCCCCGCGGGCGCGACGCUGCCAGCCCACAGCGCGUACCGAGCAAGGCUGACCACGACCAGAGCCACGCAGCCCACCAUGGCCUCCACCAUCGCCGUCCCCAACGAGACCUGCAGCUCGUCCGUCCGCACCACCAAGGACGGCCGCAGCAUCCGCUACUCGCUGCAGGUCAUCCAGCAGCCUGAGCGCGCCCGCGCCUGCGGCAGCGGCGCCAAGUCGAGCGCCGACCGUCGCCCCGUCGACCCGCCGCCGAUUGUCGAGCUCAAGGUGUUCGAGGGCGAGCAGGACAUCACCUUUGGCUACAAUGCCAACUUCUUCCUCUUUGCGACGCUCGAGAACGCCCGCACCAUUGCACCCGGCCGCGCUCCCGCCGCCACGACGGGCUUCCCCGUCCUCACCGGCACCCCCGUCGCUGGCAUGGCCUACCUGGACCGCCCCAGCCCGGCCGGCUACUUCAUCUUCCCCGACCUGUCCGUCCGCCACGAGGGAAAGUACCGCCUGAGCUUCGCUCUGUACGAGGAGUUGAAGGACCAGAAGGACAUGGACCCCGAGGACCGCUCGGUCAACGCCCACACCCAGGGCGGCCUCGAUGCCCACGUCUCCCACCGCCUCGAGGUCAAGUCGGCUCCCUUCGUCGUCUUCUCGGCCAAGAAGUUCCCUGGACUGUCGGAGAGCACUGCACUAAGCCGCAUGGUCGCUGAGCAGGGAUGCCGCGUCCGCAUUCGACGUGACGUGAGGAUGAGGCGUCGCGAGAACAAGUCCAACAAGGAUUGGGACGAUUACGAGGAAGAUGGUGGUUACGACGGAGCCAGGCGCGCCUCGGCCACUCCGGACAACUACGCCCAGCAGCAGGGCAUGCCGACGCCCAACCCGGCCCUUGAUGAGAACAACCGCCCACGUUCCGUGUCCAACGCAAGCAACAAUUCCUUCGCCCCGCCUCGCCGCCAGAGUAUGGAAGAGAUGCAGCCCGCCUACCCGUCCAACAGCACCUACCAGCCGAUGCCUCCGCCCCAGAGCACCUCGUACUCCCAGGUCCCUCAGUACAACGCGCCCCAGUCCGCCUACCAAUCCCAGUACGCACCUCCUCAGCCGCCGGCUCCUCUGAUGCAGCCGCCGCAGACGCCUUACUCGCAGCAAUCUCACCAACCGGCACACAGCUACCAGAGUCAGUCUAACCUGCACAUGGGUCAAUCGUACGGCUACAUGAACAACCAAGGCUAUCAGCAACCAGCCCACUACGAGCAGCCAGCUCCUGUGCGCCAGGAGCCCGCCGUAGAAUAUAGCCAGCCUGCUGCCGAAUACCGCCGUUCUUCCAUCGCACAGUCUCCCCAGCAGUACCCUGGCCCUAGUCAACUUAUGCCCUCUUACGGCUCUGGUUCCGGCUCUAUGGAUUACGGACGGCCUCAGCAAAUGGUUCAGCCUCUCCAGAGUCCAAAUCACAUUGCGCCUGUCUCCACGCCUUCUUCGUCCCACAUGUCUAACGGUCACGCUCUUGCACCCUUGAGAACGGUUUUGGCAGACGUCAAUACCCAGAACAAGCUGGAUCCUGUGUCGCCCUCGUACCAGUCGCCGCCCAACAACAUGUCUGCACCCAUGUCUGCCACUUCUGAGAUUGCUCCGCACCACGCCUACCUGGAUUCUCAUGCCAAAUAUAAUGCACAGCCCCAGGUCCCCUCUACAGCCAGCAUUGGACAGAAGCGAUCCUACUCCAGCACCUUUGACACACGCCACCUCGACGACCGCCUCCAGCAGGGUGCCCGUCCCAACCCGAGCGCCCCGCCCUACCGCUACGACGGCGUCAUGGAUAACGGCUCGCCCGACAUGGAAGAGCCCAUGGACCGCGCCAGCAUGAGCUACCGCCGCGCCGACGGCAGCCACCGCUCGCGCCGCGUGCCAGAGCUCGGAGUCUAGAUGCUUCUGAGCAUGAGACCUCAUGGCGCGCUUGCUUUGCCCCGGCGUUCAGUCACGAAGUUCCGACGUCCGCGAUACCAUUCCACGAAUACGCGACGCUGCAAUUGACUUGUUGUUUUCCUUUCCUAUCUGUUUGCCUCGUUGACAAUA